GCGGCUUGGCGGCCCGGCUGCAAACAAACAGCAGCUCCUGUGUCAUGACUUUAGCUGCGAGUUCCGAACUCCACGAUGCGGCGGUACAUUCGUGCACUGAUGCUGUGCGCGGUGUUCGCCGUGUGCUCGGGCCUCUUCGUCUACAGUAAGCUCUUCUACUCGGACGUGUCGCCCGGAGGGCCCGGAGCGAAGCGGGGCUUCUUCCCACCCGGAGCGCCCGGAGCCGGGCGAGGGGCCGCGGACCAGGCUGGGCCCCGAAACCCGCACUGGUACCACAGGUACAUCAUGCGUCAGCGGGGCCAGGUGGACGCACCGGGCUCCAGCAGUCGGCGGCGCCCUGAGCCGGCGAUGCACCUGGCCGUGGUGGCCUGCGGCGAGAGGCUGGACGAGACCGUCACCAUGAUCAAGUCGGCCGUGCUCUUCAGCAUCAAGCGCCUUUACGUGCACAUUUUUGCUGAAGAUCAACUCCAUGCGAGCUUCAUGGAAGCUCUGGAGUCAUGGCCCGGUUUCAUCCGCUCCAGAUUCAACUACACGGUCUACUCCAUCAGCUUUCCCAGCGAGAACGCCGCUGAAUGGAAGAAGCUCUUCAAACCCUGCGCUUCUCAGAGGCUCUUCCUUCCUCUGAUCUUAAAGGACGUGGACUCGGUCGUGUACGUGGACUCAGACAUCAUCUUCCUGCAGCCCGUGGAUCACUUGUGGGCCUUCCUGUCCCAGUUCAACGCCUCCCAGCUGGCGGCCAUGGCGCCGGAGCACGAGGAGCCGCGCAUCGCCUGGUACAACCGCUUCGCCCGCCACCCCUUCUACGGCCGGACCGGCGUCAACUCGGGGGUCAUGCUCAUGAACAUGACGAGGAUGAGGAGCACCUUCUUCAAGAACGACAUGACGCCGGUGGCGCUGCGCUGGGAGGAGCUGUUGAUGCCUUUACUCCAGAAAUACAAACUCAACAUAACCUGGGGAGACCAGGACCUCCUCAACAUCAUCUUCCACUACAAUCCCGAGUCGUUGCUGGAGUUUCCCUGCCAGUGGAACUAUCGCCCCGAUCACUGCAUCUACGGCAGCAACUGUGCCUCGGCCGAGGAGGACGGCAUCUUCAUCCUGCACGGCAACAGAGGAGUUUACCACGACUACAAGCAGCCGGCUUUCCGAGCCGUUUACGAGGCCAUUAAGAAGUACGCAUUCGGCGCCGACCCGCUGACCUCCCUGCUGGACCCCUUAGAGGCGCAGCUCUCGCAGACGACACACACCUACUGUGGCAAAUCGCACACACUCCUCACCAAGAGGCUGGCGCGCAGCGUGACGCACAUCAGCCGGAAGGCUUCUCGCGGACGGUGACAGGAAAACCGGAGGACGACGGCGGAACGGAGCCUCGUUUUUACAGGCUUAAGGAAGAAAUGGAAGCGCCGGUCUCCGGGAUUGAUGUGGACGAAACGCCCGGGGUCCAGUUUGGAACAACACGCUGCUUCUGGGUAGAAACCACGUUCAGACCGCAGACGGCGAGGACUUUGAGGGUAUUUAGCAGAACAGCUGCUCGAAGCUCUUCAAGACAUCUGGGUUUGUCUCAGACUGAGACUAAUAACUGUUCUCCACUUGUAAAUUGCUUUGGGUAAAAGUGUGACGUAAAUCCCCGAAAUCAAGUGGAGCGGCGGCCAGUCGCCUCCCCAGCUAAAGACUGAACUCAUCUGCUGAAUUGCUUUUCUGUUUUACUGACAGAUGAAUAUUUUUUAAGUGUCUUCCAUGUGAUCGCUUUGUUUUUUUCGGGUCACCGAGUGAAACUGUGCGACGGUUUGGAAGAGAAGCUCUCGACUUUCCAUAUUGGAGAAUCCGCUGAACCUUGAGAGGCAGAACUGGACGAACGGCUUUUCUCAGGCUCCAGUUCUGAGUUAUGCACAGCACCACUUUUCUCAGUGUAAAAAGAUUUUUAUCUGUAUUAAAACAUACAGACUGACAUGUUGUUACAGGCGGGUUUGUUUUUUGUUUUUUUUUAUGACUGUGAUUGGCUUCACAUAGUUGCCUUUCAUUUACCGUAAAAUGCUUUUAAUUUUACUUUUUUAAUAGAUUUUGUUCUGAAAAGAUGAACUUAUGUACUUGCUUUUAAAGAAUGUGUUCUUUUGCUGGAUACAGUCACUGACUAGCGUGCUGUUAAAUAUGCGAAUAAGCUACGAAUUUCCUCCUGAUGCCAAAGUUCUUUAUUUCGUUUUUUUAUGUUUUUGCACCUCUGAAUGUAUUUUGGACUUUAAGAGUUUGAAUCCAAAUUUUGUGACUCAUUAUGUUUUGUUUUUUGCAUUAAAGACUUUCUGUUAAUAGAAACUGUUGAACAAAUGUUUAUAUUCCAACCACUAGAGGACACUGUUUUCCCACAUUUCUUUUGGAAAUAGAUGAGGUAAAUUUAUUUUUCAUGAGUGAAAAGUAAAAUCAAAUAGUGAGUUUUAUUAAACAAAGUAAUUUUAUGGGGUUAAAAUUGAAAUGAUCACACUGUCCUUGACAGUCUUUGCUAUUUUAU